AACUUAGCAUUUAUAUGUGCAUAUUUAGUCUUACAUCAGACCCCUCAACCCCCUCCUCCCUCAAACACGGAGGUGAAUACUAAUGGAGAGGGGACAUGGGUCAAGACUAUAGAAAACUAAUACAUUCAGAUUUUUUGCAGAUCAUUGAUGUGUAGACAUGUUGAGCUUAUAUCAAUGUAUAUAUGUAGCAAAUGUUGAAUGUACGUAUUUAGAAGGACAAAAGUAGAACUUCUAUGAUUCUCGGAUGUGCACAAUAACAGACACUUCCGGAUUUGAUAAAUUACAAUAACAAUCUACACAUCUAGACAAAUAUGGGGAAAUACCUUUACAGGUGACUCAGAAAUUAAAUUUAAUAUAUAAUGCACACGACUAAAUGGUUGUCACUUUCAAACAUUCAGCUUUUGUUGAUUCAUUGAUGAAUAUAAUAAACUCUUGAAGAAAUAUCUUCACCUUUGUAUUGGAGGUCUUCGAAAAGGAGGAAAUAAAAUUUGGGCGAUAAUAGAAAAAAAUAUUCGUGGCUCCAGAUUUUUACCAUAUUUUGCAUCAAAAUGCAGGGUAAUAUGACACAGGACCAGCUGGACAAUUUGCCAAUUGAUAUCCACUAUAAUAAACUGUUAGACUGGCUCAUAAACAGACGACACUGUUCGCAGACCUGGCAGGCCACAGUGUUGACUAUACGUGAGAAGAUCAACAAUGCAAUACAAGAUAUGCCAGAAGUAGAGGAGAUCACUAAAAUGCUCUCAGGAACAUACAUCAACUAUUUCCACUGUAUUAGGAUAGUAGAGCUGCUGAGAGAGACCGAGAAAGCUAGCAAGAACAUAUUUGGUGGUUACUCAUCUAAACGAAUGAAGGAUUGGUUAGAAAUUUUAAAACUUUAUGAGACAGAAAAUGUUGGACUAGCGGAGGCUGCACAACUGUUAACGCGUAAUGUAAACUAUGAGGUGCCUGCACUGAAGCGUCAGAUUACAAAAUGCAAACAGGGACAAACUGAAUGUACCAGGAAACAGGGAGAGUACACUAGUACAGCAGCAGAGAUGAGGGAAAAGUUCCAGACAGAUUGCAAGCAGAUGGGAAUAGAGGGUAAAAAGAUCAAGCAUGAGUUGGUCGCCCUGGUGCAGGACCUUCCCAUUGUGUUUGAGGAGAUUGCCAGAUCAGGCCAAGAUUUAGACCCCAGUGUAAAAUUCUACUCUGACUUUGUCCAGUUUACAAUAAGCAAGGAGCAAAGUGAAUCUGUUACACCAGUGACCAAGUUCAUCAUGACUAAGGGCAAUGCUACAACAUACGAGUGGAGGACUGGGAAGACCCCAAAGUCUAUCAUUCAGCCUCACAUAGACUUUAACCUAGAGGAAGAAGAGGAACCAGUAAAUGAGGAGAUUGAUUGGGGAACUAUUGGUACAGAAGAUACACCUGCUACUAUAGACUUUGGGGAGGGUGCAAUAGAUUUUGGUGAUACAGACGAGGCAGAGAUUGACUGGGGGGCAGGAGAUAUAGAGAUAGAGGUCGCUAGUGAUGGCCAUGGGGACCUCUCUAUUGAGACACCAGAGGGGGACACUGAAGGUGUUGCUAAGGGUAUGGAUGCACUGACAGUCUUUGAAAACACUACUACUAGAAAUAUGUUCAUAGAUGAACUUUUAGAGCUUGAGGCAUUUCUCACAAUGCGUCUUUGUGAGAUGAGAAGUGAAGCAGAUGUCCUCUCUAGCAGUCAGUUCCAGUCAGCCCCACAGUCACUUCAGGUAGAUGUCACUGAAGUAGAGAAUAUGUUGGGUUCUGUAUGUGGCAUAUUAGGACGUCUCACAACUCAUAGGAUAGAGCAGUUAUACCUUAUUAAAUCAUCCCCUAGAUAUGUGGACAGAUUGACAGAAACUCUAAAGAAAACUUUAGGCCAGGCUGACAAGAUGGUGGCUCUACAGAGGUUGAUGAUCUCUAAACGUGAAGAGCUGAUAGAAGAACAGGCUACCACUGAACCAAAAUUAGAUCUUAUUAUAUCAAAAACUAAACAGCUCAAAAAACAGAUUGAAGGCGAUGUGUCUAAGAAAUACAAAAAUAGGCCAGUUAAUCUAAUGGGGGAAAUCAAUACCAUAUGACCUUAAUGAAUCUACAUAUGGAUUGAAUCUUUGAGGUGAAGGUUAUGUCAUUUUCAACACAGAUUUCAUGUACUCUCUCUUUGGAGUUAUUCAUAUUUGGACAGUGACACAUUUUUUCAGGUUAUGUACUUUACAUGUCAGGUUAUGUACAUUACAUGUCUUAUGGUCGACUAAGUAGGUUGAGAAAUCUUGCUUGUAAACUUGCUACAUUGGCAUGUAGA